AUGUUAUUUUCACUUAAAAUAUCUAUCUAUCAGUUAAACUAUUUAUCUGCCUAUUCAUAUCUAUCUAUCUAUCUAUCUAUCUAUCUAUCUGUCUGUCUGUCUGUUUGUUCGUAUCUAUCUAUCUAUCUAUAUAUCUAUCUAUCUAUCAGUCAAACAUUUCAUCUGCCUAUUCAUAUCUAUCUAUUUAUCUGCCUGUCUGUUUGUUUUAAUCUAUCUAUCUAUCUAUCUAUCUAUCUAUCUAUCUAUCUAUCUAUCUAUCUGUUAAUUCUCUCUGUCUAUAUGUCUGUCUGUUCAUAUCUAUCUAUCUAUCUAUCUAUCUAUCUAUCUAUCCAUUUAUCUGUCUGUCUGUUUGUUCGUAUCUAUCUAUCUAUCUAUCUAUCUAUCUAUCUAUCAUUUAAACUAUUUAUCGGCCUAUUCAUAUCUAUCUAUUUAUCUGCCUGUCUGUUUGUUUUAAUCUAUCUAUCUAUCUACCUAUCUAUCUAUCUGUUUGUCUGCCUGUCUGUUUGUUCCUAUCUAUCUAUCUAUCUAUCUAUCUAUCUAUCUAUCAGUCAAACUAUUUAUCUGCCUAUUCAUAUCUAUCUAUUUAACUGUCUGUCUGUUUUAAUCUAUCUAUCUAUCUAUCUAUCUAUCUAUCUAUCUAUCUAUCUGUCUGUUAAUUCUCUGUCUAGCUGUCCAUAUGUCUGUUCAUAUCUAUCUAUCUAUCUUCGUGUAUUCAUAGUCUUAUCAUAUCUGAUCAUAUCUAUCUAUCUAUCUAUCUAUCUAUCUAUCUAUCUAUCUAUCUGUUUGUCAAUCUAUCUGUUCAUAUCUAUCUAUUUGUUUCUCUUUCCUUUCUUUCUAUCUUUAUCCCUUAUUCUUUCAAGUACUUUUUUUUUGUUUUUCUUUCAAUUUCCACAAAAUGUGACACGCCAUCAGAUACAUGACACUGGGACACUCGGCAAUACCAAGAGCGUUGAAUCUGUCACGAUAUUUCAUGGUGAUGAUCUAUAUACUGUUUUAUCGAUUAGCUUUAAUUUUCUGCUACUUUUCUUCUUCUUCUUCUUCUUCUUCUUCUUCUUCUUCUUCUUCUUCUUCUUCAGCCUCGUUAUUAAAGUGCAGGUGACUAAUACAUCGAUCUAUUCGCCUGCCUGA